CUGCUGCAUCUUAUUACCGGUCCUUUCCCAUCUCUUUCUGCCCGCCUCCUUUGCCUGGCACUGCUCGGCGCACACGACAGAUGUCAUCUCGCUAGACUGAUUGAACAGUCACCAUGUUUUGUUCUAUUUUUUUUUUUUGUGAAAGAUGAUUUUGCUCGGGUGGUCAAGUUUAUUACUGAGAGGAUCUAAGAGAUUGAGGACUAAAUCCAACAAAGACUUACUUGCAACUGAAGAUCGGAAACAGUAUUCUUUCUGGAUUUUUCAUCUUAAUAACCUUUUUCAGCAAGAGUUUAGCAGAAGUAAAGCAGCAAGAGAUAAGUGUUAAUGUUGGUGCUGAUAGGAUAGAGACUUUUAUUUAUCCUACAAUGGGGAAAUUAGGUGGUUGCAGUGCAGAUUUGCAGACUUUUCACAUCAUCACUGCUGACUCAUCAGUGGGUCAGAGAUGCCAUGCAUCAUUCUAUGCAGGAUGGAAAUGCCAAUAGCCUCUAAACAGUCAAUGUAACUUAGAUGCCCGUGGUCUUGGAAGAAACCUCAGACCAGAGUUAAACUGACUGAUUACCAGUAGAAGUUUGAAUAGAUAUUCUAACUAAGUCAUUAUUAAAAGUUCUACAACCUAACAACCAAGGAAAGUCUUACCGUCUUACGGAAAUGAAACAAAAACGAUAGGAACUAUCUUAAAACUGUCUCACUGAAAUGUAUUCACUUGCGAAUGUAAACUUAAACGUUGCAGUGUAAGAGUGCACGUCGUGAAACCCUCAGCUAAACCCUAAAUUAGUCAUUGUAACUGAAAUGUAUCCACUUUUGUUAAAUUUAACUUAAUUCUGUUGGAUGUUAUCCUGAUUUGUUAACACGUCAUUAACAGUUAACAACGGAUCAAACGCUUUAGUGUUGAUGGAAUUAAUUCAGCACCUAGGUCCUUCUCAUUAGCAUUCCGUAAAUGUACUUUUAUAAUGUGUAGGAAGCACAGCUUUUAUGUUAAACUAACGUCUUUCAGUUGACUCACCAAUCAGUCCGUCAGACGGUCCGGUGUUGACCACGCUUCAUUUCGUCUGAGCUCCCGGGGUCAAGGUACACACGGCUGCUCUUCUUGGAUCUUUAAUUAUGGAGUGAUGUAUUUAUGGGCAGACCACAAGGCCAUUGGACUGUGAUCAGUUGGAGCUCGUAGAACUGACAACGUCACGCCCAGAAGAUUUCCGUCCUAUUUGGCUCUCAUUUCUUUAAGCUGAUUGACAGCCUCAGCUGCCUGAGCUCACAUCUUUACAUCCACCUUGAUGAAAUGCGGUGAACCUAAGUAACCCCUGUCACUUAAGGAUGGCAGUGACUCAUCUGGAGCUGGAGCUUUGCUACCAGGGGAACAAGUUACGUGGCGUGACGUGGAAGCUAACGCGCUCGGAACAUGGCUUUCUACCUGAGAGCUCGUGGCUCAUCGCUCUGCAGGUCCUGGUACCGUUCCUGGUGUCGGGCCUUGGACUGGUCUUUGCCGGUGUCGUCAUGGACCUAAUACAACACUGGGAUGUGUUCAAGGUGAUCACAGAGGUGUUUAUCUUGGUACCGGCGCUGGUCGGACUCAAAGGAAACCUGGAGAUGACCUUAGCUGCCCGCCUCUCCACUGCUGCCAACACGGGACAGAUGGAUGACCCACACAAACAAUGGACCAUGGUGUGCAGCAACCUGGCCCUGAUACAGGUGCAAGCGACGGUUGUGGGCUUCCUUGCUGCUGUCGCAGCUGUGUGUUUAGGAGCCAUUUCCAGAGGGGGCAUCGAGUUGGACCAGGCGGCUGUUCUGUGUGCCAGCAGCAUCUUCACCGCAUUUGUUGCUGCUCUCUCUUUAGGCUUGUUGAUGGUUGGAGUAAUCAUCGGCUCAAGGAAAGUAGGAAUCAACCCGGACAAUGUGGCCACCCCCAUAGCCGCCAGUUUGGGUGAUCUGAUCACCCUGUCUCUGCUGGCCGGAGUCAGCACCACCCUCUAUGAACACAUAGAUACCUGGUACCUUUCCCCACUGGUGUGUGUGGUCUUCUUGGCUCUGAUCCCGCUGUGGGUGGUGGUGGCCCGACGGAACCCUCAGAGCAAAGAGGUUCUUUAUUCAGGGUGGCAGCCGGUUUUAGUCGCCAUGUGUAUUAGCAGCCUCGGAGGUUUGAUACUGGACAAGACUGUCAGUAAUCCCAACUUCCAGGGGAUGGCUGUUUUCACACCAGUUAUAAAUGGGGUCGGUGGUAACUUGGUGGCCAUCCAGGCCAGCAGACUCUCCACCUACAUGCACCUCUGGAGCAUCCCCGGGGUGUUACCCUACAAGAUGAGGCAGCAUUGGCCCAAUCCCUGCAUGACAUUCUUUUCCUCAGGUCUGAACUCCAAGUCGACGCGUGUGCUGCUGAUGUUGGUCAUGCCCGGUCACCUGGUCUUCCUCUACGCCAUCUCGCUGUUGCAGGGUGAUGAGGUGCCAAUCACUCUCACCUUCGCCGCCUGCUACCUGUGUGCUGCUGUGCUCCAGGUGUCCAUCUUGCUUUAUGCGGCCGACCUCAUCGUCCGCUUGAUGUGGCGGCGCUCGCUGGACCCCGACAACUUCUCCAUCCCGUACCUGACGGCCCUGGGGGACCUGCUGGGCACGGGCUUCCUGGCCCUGUGCUACCGCUGCGUGUCACUGGUUCAGGCGCAGGAGCUCUGAAGGCAGCUCUCCAUUUCAGCCGGAACUUUGUCCGGUCACCACCUCUUCCCUUCCACACGCGCAGGCGGACACUAAGCGCUCCCUGCCAUGCUAGGGAAUCCAAGUCAUGACUCUUAGCGGGUGGAAAGACCGCACAGGUAACACAUUCAUCACCUGUUAUCGUCGCCAUGGAGCCUUCCUCCCCCCGUAUUUUUUUUUUUUUUUUUUAGGACGGGCAGUCUGUAAGCACAUCACGAAGCUCAUCAAGUCCGUGACAGCAUGCUGUGCAAGGACAUUUGUAAGAAUGCACAAGGCAGAUAAUGCACGUCUGCACGAGGUGAAUCCUUUUUUUUUCCUUCUAAAAAUAGUCUAAAACAGGCCUGGGCAAUUAUUUUGACUCGGGGGCCACAUUUAGAGAAAAAGUCGUGUCUGGGGGCCGCUAUAUCUAUUUUUAGGGACACUAAUACAAAACUUCACAAAAAUGUCUAAAUGUAGGUAGGUCUUUAUUGUCAUUGCACAAGUACAACAAAACUUUGUUUUCAGCCCAAACCCGUUCAAGAUUAGACAAACAAACGUGUACAGGCUUACAGAACAGAAACGCUGAUGGGUCGCCUCGAGGCGCCCUGUAAAAGAGGGGAAAAAGGUAAAACGCUGGGGAAAUAGAUGAGUAAGAAAAUACAAUCUAGACUGGGCUCCUAAGGGCGCCUAGUCUGGAGUGGGAAAAAAACCUCCAUGUCAAAAGCAUCCAUCAUUGAGGUGUCCUCGCGGGUGUUUUUCAGAACAGCUUGCUCCUGUUUCCACAACGUCAAUGCCAUUCGAAGGAGUCAAAUCGUAGAUUAGGGGGUUGUUCUCCGCGAACAGUCAAAACAAUGACUUGUCUGUUCUAUUCGUCCAUGCUGGGUGCUCUAAAAUUCAAUCAAAUUUUCCUUUUCAGCAAGCUUCUCCAUGAGGUGAUCCAACUUGCGAUUCACUUCAGAAUACCGCAUUUCCUUAAAAUGCCGCCGGGUAUAUAGUAUGCGCCUGCCGAUAAUUACUGCCGGGUCAAACUCAUUUCGCAAAAUAAUUAGCACAUGCUUAGCAUCACCGCCGGCUCAGGAUUAACGCCGGGUCAAACUCGUUUCGCAAAAUAUUAUUUUCAUUACGUAUGUAUGUCUAGAAUUUCCACCGGGUCAAACACGUCACGUCACGAGUGACACUUCACCUGUCAUCAUUUUCAAAAUGGAGGAGGCUGAUUUCAAUAACUUCAAAUCGCAUAAAGGGAAGAAGAUUAAGAUCUAUUUAGUAGGAUUUAAGGUCCAAGCUAUUGAAUAUGCUAAAAAGAACAGUAAGCAGCUAUGUUUUAUUAAUAUACCGAAGCUGCGUGUGUCAAAUAUGAAUCAUGAAAUGACUCCCGCCUCCUGGUGGUAGAGGGCGCUAGUGAUCCUUCUUGCGACUACUCGGCUGCAGAAGAAGUGACAACAAGCAGCAACAGGGAGCAACGUUUGUUUAUUUUUUCCUCUCGCUUGCACUUUUAACAUGGAGGAUUACAUAUCUAAAAUAAAACAGUUUUCUAUACUAGACUUUCAAUCGAAGCAGGAGGGAAUAAAGGAAGAUCUCCAUCGAGACAGAGAGACUUUUAAAACUGAAGAAAGAUAAGGAACACUUUUAUAAACAAUUUAUCAAUGCUUUUGAUCAGAAGGAGCUGCACAUGGACUUCAUUUAUAAGUAAAGGUAAGACCAUAAUAACGUUUUUUUUUUAUUAAAUGUGCUUUUCAUGAUGGUAUCCUUGCAUCACAGUCAAAUUUAUAAGCGCAGGCCUAAAUUUACCACAUGCCUUUGGUAAGUGCCGGAGUGAGAAGAGGUUUUAAAACAAUUAGCGCAUGCUUGCCUUUACCGCAUGCCUUUGGUAAACGUCGGAGUAAGAAGAGGUUUUAAAUUAAUUAGCGCCCCAGCCGCAAUUCAAGGAAAUACGGUACUUCUUUUCAGCAAGUUUCUCCAUGAUGUGAUCCAUCUUAUCCAUGUCUGAUGUUUAGAUUUGAGGACAGCGCAAAGACAGAGGCUUCAAAAACAAAGAGAGCAAGCUGGGAGCAGAGGGAGCGGGAAAAAAUGCGACCGCCCUCACCAGAGGCAAGACAGAAGAGAUAAAUGACGUUAUGACACACCGCCUUAAAAAAACGUAGUGGAAUUUUACAUUUUUCUAUCACUGAAUAUUGACAAAAUAUAAAUGUCACACUCCCUUUCGAUUGACAUAUUUUACAAUCAAAUGAAAUGCAAUACAAAUUCAACAAACAGUGAAAUAUGAACAAAGGGUACAAAAAAACCCCACCUACAAUCUGAUGUAUCUGAUAUAUCACUAAGCUUUAGAACUUUGUUGUGAAAAGCUCCUUCCGCGUCUGUGGAAACACUUCCCGCCCACACUGCUUGGUGCCUCUUCUGAACUGCUGUGACUUACAUGACCAUAGUAACUAAUUAGAUGACCAUAGUAACUAAUUAGAUGACCAUAGUAACUAAUUAGAUGACCAUAGUAACUAAUUAGAUGACCACCGUAACUAAUUAGAUAACCAUAGUAACUAAUUAGAUGACCAUAGUAACUAAUUAGAUGACCAUAACAACUAAUUAGAUGACCAUAGUAACUAAUUAGAUGACCAUCAUAACUAAUUAGAUGACCAUCGUAACUAAUUAGAUGACCAUAGUAACUAAUUAGAUGACCAUAACAACUAAUUAGAUGACCAUAGUAACUAAUUAGAUGACCAUCAUAACUAAUUAGAUAACCAUAGUAACUAGUAUAUCAUCCAUAAGCGCAUAUUCCAAGCAUUAAAAUGCUUUGAAUAGUUGUAGACUUACAGUCAUUAGAAAACAUGACUGCAAAACAUAAUGGCGGCUACACUUUCCAUCUUAAAGAUCUAAAAAAAAUAUUUGGGAAUGUCCGGCGGACCAGAUUGAAAAGUUUAACGGGCCGCAUGUGGCACCCGGGCCUUAAUUUGCCCAGGUCUGGUCUAAAAGAUAAUUUUCCUCACGUUUUAACAAGUCAUGUUUGUUGCUUUGUGUGAAGUUCUAAAGCAAACAUUUUUUCACCCAGGGGUGUCCAAACUUUUUAUAGCUGGGGCCACAUUCAGUAAAAUUAUUUUGCGAAACAACUUUGACCCGGCAGUAAUUCUAGGCAGGCGCAUACUAUGUACCCGGCGGCAAUUCAAGGAAAUACGCUAAUUUUUUGUAGCAUGCAAGCUACAUCGCUUUGUGGAAAAAUUUUGGACAUCCCGGAUUUCAUUGAUUUUUGAGGUCAGUUACCCAGUUUUUGUUGCCACACUUAGCCAUCUGGAGAUGUUCAGUUUGGUUUCUCUUGCAAGCUUUUUAGGGCUUGAAAAUAUUUAAAAAUCUUCUUUUUGAAACUGACUUUUGUUUGGAUUAUUUCACAGGUUUGAAUCAGUAAAAUAACUCAUAUUUAGCAAAUAAUAAUAAAAAAGUGACAUGUGAUCAAAAUGUCUUAAAAUGGUUAAAAUUCAAUAAAACAAACAUGUUUGGGAUUUUUGAUUAUGGCUGAAGUUGAUUGAUAGAUUUGAGCAAAGUAGGGUGAAAAGAGAUUCUAAAAUGUUUUUAUUUAUGCCCUUUGAAAAAUGAAGAAUUUAUUGUUUGGCGUUGGGGAAUAUCUGCCAGUAUAUUUGAAAAAAAUCUACAUUGUAUUAAAAUGUAUGUUUACUGGAGAAACACAACAAAAAUGAUGGCCAGGAUUUAGCAAAAAUUUACCAAAAGGACAAAAAAGGCAGCCUUUGUGUCCUAAGGGUCAAAUUUUCGAAUAGAAAGACACAAAUAUUUGUUUUAAACAAGUUGCAUAAAAAUAUUUUUAAAAAUAAUAUUUUGGGGUCACAGAAUUUGAUAAAAAACAUAAUAAAAAUGAUACUUUCCUACUAAAAGCUCUGUACAAACACUAAACAUCUCGACAUACUUGCACAAUUAAAACAAAACUACGGACAGACACAUUGAGUGUUUAUAAAUACAACACAACUAAUUAGUCUUUGGAUCAUUGAGGUUGGUACAAACGUUGAAGGUUUGCUCCUAAAGGUUAAAGGAGCCAUAUGUAAUCAUCUGGCCAAAAAUGGUACUGCAAUCACAGUCAAAAUGAUGUAGUCCCCUCCCCCUCUCCCUGACUGAGGUUGCCAGAUACACUGCUGAAUCCAGCUAGACGGACUGGGCUACUCCAAGGAACUUCAAACUUCCACUGCCUCUUACUCGGGGUUGAUAGUAAGCUGAAUAGACAAGUGUUUUGUCAAUAACACAUGUCUAACCAACUCAUUUUACACAGAAAUUAGGCUAUUUUCAGGAAGAAGUACGUCAUGUCUGCGUACAAUAGCACAACAAAUGGCAAUCAUAUGGUUAUUGUCAGUAAUAUCAGAAAACAAAGACUAAAAAGAACUACAACCAACACUAGCAAUGGUUAUACUGGUGAAAAUAAGUAGAACAUGCUAAGCAGCCUAAUUUUACCAAGGUAUGGCUAUAGGCGACUGUUUCAAACGUUUCAGAUUGCCAUAUAACUUGGUAGAUGUAGUCCAUAAUAUGUGUCAUUGACCAGGCUAGCAUGCUAAGCAUUCGUUGCAGGAACAUACUCGUUUUGUUAGACAAGAUCAUAGACUGUAUUGGACUAUAUAGUUUAAAUUCCAAAGUUCUGUUUACAUUUGUUUCAAGUAAAAAGAAAGCCGUCAUUGCCUGACUUACCUAUCAACGAGGAAAUUAGCAAGUUUGGCGUCAUAUGAAAAAGUCUUCUCCGCCUUCAGUCAUCUCAACUUUCAAAGGCAUCCCGAUACAAAUCCUUGUUUUUGGCUUUGUCAUGAAUAAGUUGAGAAUCGUAACGGCGCCUUUUAGAUGGACUAGGGUCUGACAUGUUUAGUAACUUUACCAGUGGCAGUAGCUCGACUGGCAACCUGGAUGUGACACACUCAGACUUUUUAAUUAGUCAAACGGUGGAGAGGGGGACAUCGAAAUGAAAACAAUAAUAUUUCAAGGCUGUAAAUAUAAUUUUGAAAUGGUCAUAUCCCGGCUGAACUACAGUUAUCAGUUCUAGAGGUAUUGGACAAGAACAUGAUUUAUUAAUGCCUUUUGACAUAUCAGGGCCAUUUAAUGAUGACUUGACAUGACAUUAUUGCAUACUGGCUCCUUUAAGUACUUCAUUAGGUUGUGCCCCCCAUAAGAAAAUAAAAAUAAUCUAAAAAAGUGUCAUUAAAAAUCAUCUGAAAAA